AUGAGUUCGAGCUUGACCGCGAGUCAAGUCACUGACGCUGAGGCAGGAGCCUGGAUGGCAGCUGCGAGGUCCAGGGUCGCCGCGCCGUCUCUGCGUGAUGGACUUUUGAUAGUGAAAGUGGAGGAAGACUCACCCGGAGGUCAGGAGCCCGACGCGCCUGGGGACUGUCAGGAUCCGGAAAAGUCGCGACAGCAUUUUAGGCGGUUCCGUUACCAGGAGGUGGCUGGACCUGAAGAGGCGCUAAGCCGGCUCAGGGAACUUUGUCGCCGGUGGCUGAGACCCGAGAUGCACUCGAAGGAGCAGAUCCUGGAGCUGCUGGUGCUGGAGCAGUUCCUGAGCAUCCUGCCCCGAGAACUCCAGGCCUGGGUGCGGAGGCACUGCCCGCAGAGCGGGGAGAAGGCUGCGGCCGCGGUGCGCGCUUUUCAGAGAGCGCUUGAUGGGGCCUCACCCCAGGAGUUGGUGACGGUUGAGAAUAUGGCUGUGUCUCUAACCUGGGAGGAGUGGGACCGUCUGGACCCAGCUCAGAGGGACUUCUGCCCGGAGAGCGCACUGAAGGACUGUAGAAACACGGUCUCGCUGGUCUCGCUGAGUUUGGAAACCAGAACCGAGAACAAAGAAUUUAUUCCAAAGCAAGAGGUUUUAGAAGAAGUAGAGCCGCAGGGGCAGCUACAAGAAGGGUCCCACCGGAAGGCUCCCCCGUUUUCUGGGUGUGGUGAUACCCAUGAGAACAGGGUAGAAAAGCAGUCAGGAAAUCCCUCACCACUGAAACUUGAAAAUUCUCCUGAAGAGGAAGGACUCUCCAGCACCACAGAUCUCAAGAAUGGUCCCAUGGAAGAGGGAGACUCCAAAAAUAAUGAAUUUGGGAACACUGCCCCGAGUUCAAACUUUGUUCCUUAUCAGCACAUCCAGACAGUGGAGAGGCCUGUUAACAGGAACCAACAGGGGGACAGUUGUAAACAGAGUCGAGACCCAGUAAAACGUCAGAGGGUGAAACCUCACAGCUCUGUUGACAGUGAGGAACAUUCCCGCAGGGCAGGUUUUUCUGAGACCCAGCGGCAGUUCCGUGAAGAAAGGCCUUACAGAUGUGACCACUGUGAGAAGAGUUUCAAGCAGCGUUCUGACCUUUUUAAACACCAGCGAAUCCACACGGGGGAGAAACCCUACGAAUGUCAAGAAUGUGGGAAGAGCUUCAGUCAGAGUGCUGCCCUGAUUAAACACCAGAGGACACACACGGGCGAGAAACCCUACACCUGCCCCAAAUGUGGGGAUAGCUUCAGACAGAGCUCCCACCUCAACCGGCACCAGAGAAUCCACGUGGGAGAGAAACACUUCAAGUGUAACGAAUGUGGGGAAACCUGCCGCACUUCCAACCGCUUCAGACACCAGAGGAUACAUAAAGGGGAGAGACCCUAUACGUGUGAAGAAUGUGAGAAGAGCUUCAAACGGUGCUCAGACCUCUCUAAACAUCAAAGAGUCCACACCGGCGAGAAGCCAUAUGGGUGUUCUGUGUGUGGGAAACGCUUCAGUCAGAGUGCAACCCUCAUUACACACCAGAGGACCCACACUGGGGAAAAGCCUUAUAAAUGUCUUGAAUGUGGGGAAAGCUUUAGACAGAGUCCACACCUUAUCCGACACCAAAGGAUCCAUAGAAAUAAAGUCCCCCUGUUCUGA